GCAGAUGUUAGCUCAGGCCUAAUCUUCCUCAAAACACACACACACACACAAAAAUAAAAUAAAAAUAGACUCCUGAGUCAGACCUAUUGGAUUAAAAUCUCUGGGGGUGGGCUGAAGAGCUUGCACUUUUACACAAGCUUCUAUAGUGAUUCCUACCCACAUGAAGUGGUUUUGGGAGCCAAUAAUCUAAGGAUAUCCUUUAGUCAAUGUUAGUCAUGGUGAAGACACACCAUUCUGUCCAUUUUUAUUUCUGUCCAACAAACAUUUAUUAAAUGCCUACCGUAUGUCAGGCAUGGACUUGACCCAUAAGCCUUUUACUCAUAAAGUUCUAAGGGAAAGACACAGCACUCUAAACUCUUUUCCUCGGGGAGGGUCACGUUAUCAGACUUCUACCAGGUUUAGAAUUCCUGUCCUUAGGAUCUCUUUUAUCCCCACCUCCAUCCUGGGAUGACUGAAGGAUGCUGCAGAGAACUGCAAAUCUUGCUUAAAAGAAGACUCCUCUCUUUUUUUUACUCCAACAGGCAAGAGCCUUUCUAUCCUUGGCGGUGGUGGAGCCGAGUUCAUGUGGUCAGGUAUCUCCAAGGGGUAACACAGUGUGGCCUGUGGACAGGGGUUGCAAGAAGCUUCUUUGGAACAACAGUAAACACACAGAAGACCACACUGCCACCCUCUAUCACCUCUGUCUGCAGAAAAGAAGCUUGUUGUUGUUCCAGUGGGAGAGAAAGGUAGUGAUGGGGGUGGUAGGGGGUGGCUGCUGUGGUGAGCAGGAUGGGAGAGAUUUCAAAGCAUUCCUACAUCAAACACAACCUGGCAAUCAGAUGCCUCUGCUGUCACCUCCAGCUGAGAAUUCACAGCACUGGGACCCAGCAGGGCAAGUGACCCUUGGGAAUUCAUGGCUUGAACAAGCAAUAAAUUAGAAAGACAUUUCUCCCAUACCCUGUGAACAUCUAGGGGACAAACUUUAAAGCUACUCAAAAUAUUCUCUACUCACAUCCUUCUACACACACUUCCCCCACUAUCUUCCAAUCUCUCCUUAGAAAAUUACAGAUCUAGAUUCUCUUGGAGUAGAUUUAUAGUACAGCUAAGACCUGUGCCCGAAAUGAAUCCCUCGUUCCUUUGGCUUGAGAAUAUCUUUUUUCCCAGCCUAGACCUCCCCCAGCAAAAUCUUCUUACACAGUAGGUCCUUGGCAAAAGUUUGUUGAAUCUGAGCCUGAGAUGACCAGAGUCUUGACUUCCAACCUGAGCAAGUCAAGAACCAGCCCAGGAGUGGAGGUGGCAACUCUGAGCCCCGAGGUGUAGGAUAUGCCAAAGACUGGGAGAUUAAAGGGACUAGAGAGAAGGAUGCACAGAGUGUAGCCCUCUGUGUGCAAUUGCCAGGGAACUACUAUUGGUCUGAGCAAACACUGAAUACCCUACCCACCCACUCUCACCCACAGUUGUGAAAACAAAACACAAUUUUUUAAAGAUCUCAUUCUCUUUUAGGACAUACUCCCUCACCAAAAGCUAAAUCUCCAAAAUUGUGCUUCUGGGAAACGUUGUGGACAGCUUGUGGGUGCAUCAAAGUCAAUGCUUAAUUCUGACAGGAAGGACCCCACCUUUGCCCCAAAGGCUUAACAGCAAAAACCUGGUCCUUGUCGCAGUGAAGGUUGCCAAGGCACCUAGGCUGCCUGUUUUUCCUGAAACCUUAGAGAAAAGGCUCUUAAUUUGAUAGAUCUGGGUCAGAUUUGCCAGACAAUCAAGGCUGGACUUUCUGUCCUACGUCCUAGGUUGCAGCCAUCUGGACAUCUUCUCCAGAAAGGUUUACAAGGCCGUCCUUCCUUCUGGACCCUCUGGGUCCCUUGGGCCUAGGAGUUAUGAUCAGAUGAGUACCUUCUGAGAAAGGGCCUUAUAGUUUUGAGAUACGAAUGUGAGAGCUGGGACAUUAUGCUGGUAAAAAUUGGCAAUUAGAGUCCAGCAAGAGGUGGAUGAAGGACACUGAGAACUCAGCAGCAUCGGACUUGCUGGUACUUUUGUAUGAAGAGGACAGAGGGAGGACAGUGAAGAAAUGCAUCUACAUUGAAGCCUGAGCUAGGUCUGAACAGCUCUAUCAUCUCCUGACCAGGAUGCUAGAGAAGAGCCUUUAUCUUAAAAAAAAAAAAAAGAUUUAGGAUGUUUGUCAUCUGAUUGGCUACAGAAGAGAACUGAAGUAGCAACAUCAAGUGUGAAGGGCUAUUUUAGCACAGGAUUGUACUUCCCAAUCAAAUCCAAGAACUCCAGCAGAGCAGGAACCCCACACCCCUUUAGCUUUGUGCUCAUUCCUCUACCUACUGCCCUCUGCAUCUUGACUCAGCUUCAGCCCUCGCCAGCACUAACACUUCUGGAGCGGCUUUCUUUAUCCUCAGGUUCACAUCCCUGUAAGGAACCGCCUCCCUGGACUGUGAUGGCUCCUAUUUUCCAGACUUCCUUUGACUGGAAUUUUAGGCAAGGGCUCAAUCGCUCUUUCAUAACAAGUGGAUCACUAAAACAAUAACAAAACCUCGUCACCAUAACUCGGAGGCUGUAACACAUCAAGUUCUCAAGGGCACUUGAACAAGCCAAGAGGACUCUUUACUCACACAGUUUUAGGAAACCACCCUCUUUCAUUACUGCUGUGUGUAAAUAACACUUAUUUAUUUAAUUUGUUAUUUUCCAACAGCCCCAGAGUGGGAAACACUAAAAGAAAUGGUCAAGGAAGUUGGCAAGUUUGUCAAUGUAAAGCUUGUCUUUGUAACCCGUCUACUCUUCGUUUCCUGUGCCAGUUGCACUUUUAUUUCCCGUCUCUCUCCACUCAGUAAACAAAACCAUAUUAUCAAGGGAAAGACAUGAGCCCAUUAACAUUGUGAGCCCUCAGAUUUCACUCGCAAGAGACAACGCAGCACUUAUCUGAUGGAACAGAAGCUUUAAUUGCCUUGAGGUACAAGCCCAUCCAAACCUCUGAGAUCGGACCGGUCCCUGGGAAGCCUAUGCGCUCUCCGAGCCAAACGCCUCGGGAAAGCGUGCGCAGCACUGGCGCAUGAGCCAGCCUCCCAGACAGGAGCACAAGGAGCGCUCCACCAAAGGGCAGAUCCUCUAUUUUGACAAUCUAGGGGGGAAAUCUGCUAAACUUCCCCACCAGGCAGAAACUUUAUCUUUUGUCCAAAUCAAAACUUGGCACUCCAACACUCGCCCUUACCAUGCCGCCACAAAUGGAAGGAGUGGCAGAAGCUGAAGGGAAUGCUGUGAAAUAAUGUGAAAAUCUAGUCUAAAAUGAAGAUUUUGUGCCUCCGCAGGUACACAGCACCUACAGCAUAAAACUGAGUCCCAUGCGUCGGCGGGAGGGGGGAAAAAGAGGGAAAUUCAAACAUCUACUCCAGCCAGGUUUAGGAGAGAGAUAACACCAGUGCCAAGGAAACCGAAAGCUCAUAGAGCUCAGAGAAAAAGGGAGAAUAACUUUACCUUCCCUGGAGAAGGGCUAGGAGCAGUCCCCACGGGCCGAGCUCCACGUUCCCUUGUAACCCCUUCCGCACCGCGGCGCCCACAUUGCGCGCCCGAGGGACUAGCCACCCACGAUCCAGGAGAGCAAGCUCUCUCGCCCUCUCCAUCCUCUCGCCCUCUCCAUCCUCUCGCCCUCACCCGAGCGGCCAGUCCCCCCUUUCUCCGCCACCUCGUUCCUUUGCUGCCCGGGGAGCGGGCGUCCUGCGCUCUCGCCCCGCCUCCCCCAGGCAGCCCCCCGGGCCGCGCCGGCUCUCCCCCGGGCCCGCGGGCGCCGGGCGGCGGCCUCCCGCAGGGUUGGCAAAGUUGGCGGCGGGGCAGGCGCGUGGAGCCGCGCGCCCGUCUGGCCCCGGGCCGUGCGGGGAAGGCGCCCAUUGGCCGGCCCGCGCCACGUGGUCACCCCCGCCGCUAUAUGAGGCCACUAUUUACCUCCGGCUCGCUCGCCAUGGCUCGGCAAGGGCAGCUCGGGUAGAGAGGAGCGGCGGAGCGGCGCAGACCGCGGCGGCCCCGCCCUGCCCGGCACCCCGACCCCGGCCCCUGCCCCGGCCCGCGCGCUCAGGGGUGUGGGCCGGAACCAUGAGCUCCUACCUGGAGUACGUGGCGGGCGCCAGCGGCGGCGGCGGCGACGUGCUGAGCUUCGCGCCCAAGUUCUGCCGCGCCGACGCCCGGCCCGUGGCCCUGCAGCCCGCCUUCCCCCUGGGCAGCGGCGACCGCGCCUUCGUCAGCUGCCUGGCUCUGGCCGCCGCCCGGCCUGCGCCCUCGCCCCCCGCCGCCCCCGCGCCGCCCUCGGCCGCGCCCCCGUACGCGCGGUGCAGCCUGGAGGGGGCCUACGAGGCGGGCGCCGCCCCGGCCGCGGCGGGGGGCGCCGACUACGGCUUCCUGGGGCCCGGGCCCGCCUACGACUUCCCGGGCGCACCGGGGCGGCCGGCCGACGACGGCGGGGCGCAAGUCCACUACGCCACCUCGGCCGUCUGCUCGGGCGGCGGCCCCUUCCUCCUCAGCGGGCAGGUGGACUACGCGGCCUUCGGCGAGCCCGGCCCCUUCCCAGCGUGUCUCAAGGAGCCCGCCGACGGCCACGCUGGGGUCUUCCAGACUGCGUCCCCGGCGCCCGGCGCCUAUCCCAAGUGCGCCUCACCGGCCUCCGGCCUCCCCGCCGCCUUCAGCACGUUCGAGUGGAUGAAAGUGAAGAGGAACGCCCCCAAGAAAAGCAAACUCGCCGAGUAUGGAGCCGCUAGCCCCUCCAGCGCGAUCCGCACUAACUUCAGCACCAAGCAACUGACAGAACUGGAGAAGGAGUUUCAUUUUAAUAAGUACUUAACUCGAGCCCGACGCAUCGAGAUAGCCAACUCCUUGCAGCUGAAUGACACCCAGGUCAAAAUCUGGUUCCAGAACCGCAGGAUGAAACAGAAGAAAAGAGAACGAGAAGGGCUUCUGCCCUCGGCCACGCCCGUGGCUUCUCUCCAACUUCCCCUCUCAGGAACGAGUCCCACCAAGUCGGGCAAGAACCCGGGGAGCCCUUCUCAGGCCCAAGAACCAUCAUGAGGUUUAGUCUUUAGGCUGAGGAACCUUGGCCUGCAGAAGUCAUAGGCCACCCCAUCCCUUUCUAGACUUGCUCAGUUCGGGAGGGAGGUGGGCAUGGGCAGAAAUUAAUAGAGGUUUCACUUGGGAGAGGAAGUAUCUUAGUCGGCUUCUGAGUUCCAGGCUAGGAGUGUACAGAUAUUAAUUUCAGGUCUCUUAAGCCACUCGUUUGUGUAUUACUUGUGUCUUAUCAGGGAAAAGGUGCCCAGCCCAGCCCUGCUGCUAUGUUGUGUAACUUAGUCAUAUGCAAUUCUUGGGUGCAGAGUGGCAGAGCAUUAGUUGCUGAACUCUGCCAACUCCCUGUUGUGCUCAGAAGAGCAUCUGCCCAAAAUUUUUCUGGUUUUAAUCUAAAGGGCAAGGCUACCUGUAUGCAGCUCCUUGAGAUGACCAAAGCUAGUUAGGGCCUCUUGAUGUAGCUAAGCUGCUUCAAUGAUCUUCACAUUUGCACUCCAGUUCUUUUCUUUUUCUUUAAAAACCAAUUUCUACCUCUCCAUGUGCCUGAGUGAAGAAGAUACAAUCGCUAUUUAGUUAGUAGCUGAACACAUCCAUAGGGCAGGUAAAGAUUAGAACCUCAACUACAUCUUGAUACUAGUUACUCAAACUUGAAUGUAAAUAUAUACAGUGUGUAUAUUUUUUAAAAGGUUUGCUUGCAAUGAACUUAUGUAUGACAUUUAAUGUCAGAGCAUGUAAAGGGUUUGAACUUUUCCUUUGUAAUAAAACUACAGAAUCUGCUAUUC